AUCAAGUUCCUUGAAGAGGAUAUCCCGAUCUGUGUCAAUGCCAAAGCCAAGGCGCUCAGCCUCUUGCAAGGUUCCAUACCUGAAGCUGCACGAAAUCCUUCCCUUUCGUUGGUCGGAGCUGUAAUGUUGGUACUUUCCUUUGAAAUGGUCAGGGGUGGUAAUGCGGUCCCUAUUCACUACGACGGUUUGGCAAGGCUUGUGGCUCUACAAAGCAAGCAAGGAUACGGACACGCUGAUGCCCUACUUCCUGCCCUACAUGCAUGUGAUCUCAUACUGGCAGCCACUACACCGAAUCGUCGACCUGGAUUUGUGAAGAUGGAUGCGCCUUUUCUAGGUCCAUCACCGGCCGACCCAGGCGUUGGAUUCUUUCGAAGCUCACCGCUGAAGCUCAUCGAAAGCUUUCAGGGCGUCCAGUCCAUUUACCGCAGUGUUCCAGCUUCCUUCAUCAAUCUUCUCGAUGAAGCUUUCCAAGCAACCCAGACUCGACUAUCAACGCCAAGUAUGUCUCACUCCACGAACGACAUUCUCCAUCGUGCCAGGUUGCCUACUUCCAUCAUGGCUCCGCCCAUCACCUUGUUCAACCAGCAGUCUGCUUCCGGAUCGACAGUCUUAUUUCCAACCCCUGUUCGUCAAGCGACUAACCUGGCGGCAACGAUCCACUUUCGUGCAACCAGACUCGGAAUUCCCUUCGAAAGUUCUACAAACCAAGAUGACGCCAGACAUCUGGGCCAAUUGAUGAAUGAGACUCCUUUGUCUGUUUGGCGUGGAAUCCCCUACAUCUAUCUCUGGAUUUUGCUCACAGGGGCGGCCGCUGCACAGUUCCAUCCAGAAAAGCAAUACUUGAUGGUAGAAUUGGUCAGAUUUGGCUUCAGUGUUGGUCUGGAGCAAGUCAAUGACUUCAAGCGUAAGUUGGGUGCCACAAUCAACGCA